AUGGGUUCUUCUGGUCCUCAAAUGGAAAUUGUUUCAUGUGCUAUUGUGUUUCUAGUACUUUUUGUUACAAUAGCCACCAGUGCUGAUAUAUACCUUGAUUGGCACGUUUCCUUGAACUUCAAUAUUAAUCCAGUGUCUGCAAAUCAACCGGUUAUAACAAUCAAUGGCAUGUUCCCUGGACCCCUUAUAAAUGCAACAACAAAUGAUUAUAUUCAUGUCAAUGUUUUCAAUAAUUUAGAUGAACCUUUGCUAUUUACAUGGAAUGGUAUACAACAAAGGCAAAAUUCAUGGCAAGAUGGAGUGUCCGGUACAAACUGUCCUAUCCAAUCUAAAGCAAAUUGGACUUAUGUUUUUGAACUUAAAGAUCAGAUUGGCACAUUCUUCUACUUUCCUUCCAUCAAUUUCCUUAAAGCCGGUGGAGCGUUUGGUCCAAUUCGAGUCAAUAAUCGUCCGGUUAUAAGUGUUCCUUUUCCAAAACCGGAAGCUGAGUUUGAUCUCUUAAUCGGUGACUGGUACAAUACUAGCUACAAGGAUAUUAGGUCAACGUUGGAAACUGUGGAUAUUGGUUCUCCAAGUUGGAUGUUAAUAAAUGGAAAAGGACCAUAUAUGAACAUUCUUUCAAAAUCACAUGAGUCCUUCAAAGUUACACAAGGCAAAACAUAUUUGCUUAGGAUAUCAAAUGUAGGGACAGCAUGGAGCUUCAAUUUCAGGAUUCAGAAUCAUAAACUGCUUUUGGUUGAAACUGAAGGAUCUUAUGUGAAUCAGAUAGAUUUGGAUUCUCUUGAUGUUCAUGUUGGACAAUCCUAUUCAGUUCUUGUAACAGCAGAUCAAAAUGCUGCUGACUACUACAUAGUGGCUUCUCCUAAAAUGAGUAAUGCCACUGUUAACAAUAGUCUUGUUGGAAUUGCUGUGCUUCAUUAUGAUAACUCAACAACACAGGCUAAUGGUUCUCUCCCAAGUGGUCCUGAUCCAUUUGAUUUGGAAUUCUCCAUCAAUCAAGCUAAAUCGAUUAGGUGGAAUCUGACUGCUGGAGCUGCAAGGCCUAAUCCACAAGGAACCUUCAAUGUAACAAAUGUGACAAUAUCACAAACUUUUAUCCUAGAGGCGUCAACAGCGACGAUUGAUCAAUUAUCUCUUUACACUGUCAACAAUGUGUCAUAUCUGACACCAGAUACACCACUGAAGCUAGCUGAUCACUUUUCCGACGAAUCUGGAAUAUAUAAACUUGAUGCUUAUUCCAAAAACACAUCAAAUGUGAUCGCGGUGAAUGAUGUUUUUGUAGCAAGUGCAUUAUAUAAAGAAUGGACAGAGAUAGUGGUUAAGAACACUUUAACAACUAUUGAUGCUUGGCAUUUGGAUGGAUAUAGCUUCUUUGUUGUUGGAUUGGGGGAAGGAGAAUGGAAAGAAGAGUCACGUUCGAGUUAUAAUCUUUUUGAUCCAGUAGUUCGCUCGACUGUGCAAGUUUUCCCUGGAGGGUGGAGUGCAGUUUAUGUGUAUCCUGAUAAUCCAGGAAUGUGGAACUUGAGAUCACAGAAUUUGCAAAGUUGGUAUUUAGGUGAAGAACUUUAUGUGAGAGUUUAUGAUCCUAAUUCUAACCCUGCCAAAGAGAAACCACCUCCACAGAAUCUGCUUUUAUGUGGUUAG